GCUGAUUGUUCAAUUCUAUAUAGAAGGCUGCGAUAUAGGCCGGCGAUAGUACGUAUUUCAAGUACCAGCUUUAUUACCUCUGUGACCUGGAAAGAUAAUUGUAUGUUGGUUGUGUUCUGCGCAACUUGUACAGUCCAUGCUGGCUGUUGACCUUCAUUCAAGACAACCAACGCAGUGCCGACGGCUAAUGCAAGUUGGUGUCUGGCAGUUGCAGAUCGAUUGCACUGAAGUGUGAUUUAGGCCGGAGACAUGGCUACUCAGCUAGUUUCUCUGGCGGAGGUGGAGAGACUCAGCGCCUCGGUCGUACGGAUAUUGGGGGGCAAUCCCGGCAAGUUUACACUACAAGGCACGAAUACAUAUCUAAUCGGCCGAGGUCGUCAACGCAUCCUCAUUGACACUGGUCAGGGUGAACCCUCCUGGGCAGCCCGGCUCAAGACCCUCUUGGCAGAAGAGAACGCAACUGUGCAUCAGGCCCUCCUUACGCACUGGCACCCAGACCAUGUUAAAGGCGUCCCUGACCUCUUAGCAUUAUGCCCGGACGCCGUCAUCUACAAGAAUGAUCCCGAUCUCGGCCAAGAGAGCAUUGAAGACGGCCAGAUAUUCAGUGUUGAAGGUGCAACGCUACGAGCAUACCAUACCCCGGGUCAUGCCGUUGACCAUAUGAUGUUUGUCCAUGAGGAGGAAGAUUCCGUCUUUACGGGUGAUAAUGUCUUGGGUCAUGGCACGAGUGUCUUCGAGGACCUCUCGACCUAUAUAUCUAGCCUAAAGCGAAUGCAGUACCGGCUUUCGGGUCGCGGCUAUCCGGGCCACGGAGCUGUCAUCGAGAAUGCGACAGCAAAGAUCACAGAGUACAUCAAGCACCGACAACAACGAGAGGAUGAAGUGGUUCGCGUUCUCCGGUAUAACCACCUCGAUGUCGCAGAUGGGGAAGCAUCCCCGGAGCGUAAACGGUCCUGGACCCCGCUGGAACUAGUCAAAGUGAUCUACAAAGAUGUGCCGGAAAGCCUUCAUCUGCCUGCUUCCAAUGGAGUGUUGCUUGUUCUGAAGAAAUUGGAGGAAGAAGGCCGGGUAAGCCGAGAUGUCGAUGGGCGAUGGGUUCUGGAAACUGGGCGAUCUGCGCUUUGAAGAAUCACGAGAAGGGUUGGCUCGUUAGAUUAUCAUAGUAGUUAUAUCAGUAGAUCAUUGUUUCUGGUUUAUAAGGCUUAGUACUUUACGAGGAUUCGAUACUAGCCGAAAGAUUCGAGACGGGCACACCGGUGCGAAGAUGCUUGUGACCGCCAUGGCGUGCGUGCAUAUUCACUUUAUCAUAGACCAUAUGACAUUCCUGACGGUCUUUCACAACCCUUAUCCCUUACAUGCUUCUACAUCAUGCUUCUACAUACUACAUACACAGCAUAGCC